AUGCUGGAAUUCGUGAUUCCUGUGUCAAGAAACGAUCUCUUGAAUGCUACUGUUUCAUCGUAUUCGGUUAACGAAGUAGUUUCUUCGCGACACUUAGCCGCCAAAGUUCAAGAUUGCCAGAAGAAACUUGUUCGUGAAGGUCAAAGAGGUGUUCUUCAGUACUUUGACAUCUUCUUUAGUGUUUUGCAUGAAUGGAAGUCAGUAGAUGCGAGCACAAAGGAGGAUGCUUGGCAAAUCAUACUAAAAGGUUGCGAACUUUCAGUACGGGAAUUGGUUGGAGUAAUCAAGCCUACUGAACCUAACUCCGCCCUCAGCAGGAGUUUACUGAUCGAAAGGAGAAAUGCGAUUAAGAUGCACUCGUACCUUUUGUGUCAGUUUAUAGAGACGUUUGAAAAUGAUGCAACUGCGGAGGCUAGCUCAGUCGUUGCAAGCAAGGUUGGGCGAGGACGUGGAAAGACACUAACUUCCGCUGCCAAAGGCCGUCGAGCUGAAUCUGACGUGACUUUGGAUUGGCCCGUUGAAUGCACAAACGCCAUCACCGUUCUAGAUCAAUUAUGCAAGCUAGACAUCAAGCACUUUUGGGAUCCACCCAUAGUUGAGGAUGAUUUUGUCAAUCUUUUGGCAAACAGCUGUUACAAACUCCUGGAAAACAAAUCGAUGGCAGCCAAUGCAACGGUUCGAGGAGCCAUCGCGGGUCUCUUGAGCACAUUAAUUCAACACUACAAACACGGCAUCCCUUGUUGCCUGAAAUUAGCUCAGAUGCUCCAAUGUUUUGCACACACAGCUAACGUCCUCAAUGUCAUGGUCAACCAGUUCAUGACGGAUGAAGCUAUGAUUCCUUUCGUCAAAGAACUCCUAACUGAAAUUUGCGGUUAUGACAGCGAAGACUUGGAGCGGGAUUCGGCCGGGACACACAACUUUUGCGCCUUCCUCGAAUCUGUGUCGUCAGCACAUCCUUCACUGGCGACCUCCAUCCUUCCGCUGAUUCGUGCUCGUCUCUCCGAGGACCCCUACCAGAUGCGCAACUGUGCCCUCAAUGUGAUCGGGGAGGUACUGCGUAACCUCUACACCGGCCAUCCUCACCUCGAGGGAAAGGACAAGAUCCAGCGAGAUCGUCUAAUGGAUGUGCUGCAGGAGCAUAUUCAUGACGUCAAUGGUUUUGUGCGUGCUCGGGCUCUUCAAAUCUGGUGUAACAUUGCUUCAACUGGGGGUUUACCCAUUCGGCGACAAGUUCAGCUGGCUCAUUUACUGGUUGGACCAGAUGGAGCCGUCAACGAUGUAUCCAGUUUCGCCCGAAAAAAUGCUCUGCGUCUCUUAACCACGAUUAUUGUCCAGAGCCCAGCCGUCAAGCUUAACUCCGAGGAUUUGGCAAAUGUAUUAAACAAAGAACAAACAAGGCUUCAUGCAUUGGAGGAGCAUUUUGUUCGCCUCAAUCCGGACAACGUUGGGAUUAAAACCAGACCAACUACACAAGGUGAUGUCGAGGACCCUGAAAUUCGCACUUCAGACGACAUCGACAACGAGGAAGAAUCGGUGGGUUCAAAUAAGGCUUCCCGUGGGUGCCGUGUCACCCGGCAACUUGAUUCUGAUGAUGAGGAAAAGAAGGCUGUCGAGUUGGGCGCUUGUGAGGCGGCAGCCGCGCUGGAAGCGGCAAUUCACUCGGCUGCAAUGGUCGCUCAGGACGAACAGUGCGGGACCACUCGGCCCCCCAUUUCUGUGGAGGUGGCCUUUGAGGCCCACAAAGCGGACCUUGUUCGCCAACGGGCUUGCGUGGCUUAUCUGCGCGAAAUGCAGCGCUUUGCGGGCUACAUGGCCACGGCUAUUGACGAUGUGAAAAACAUGCUCCACUCCAAGACUGUGACAGACGUACUCGAGGCCAUCGAUUUCUUUCUGACGGCGAAGCAGGCUGGGGUGAGAAACCUGGACUCCGCGAUUCGCCACAUGAUGGCUAUGAUAUGGUCACAGGAGGAGCAGAUCAGGAAAGCCGUUCUUGAUGCCUGUCGCCGCCUCUACUUCCAGCCGGACAUUGUGAAUGAGUCUUUCACGGCAGAUGGUCGUCUUUCGUCUGCGGCUCUGACCGUCGUCAUUUCCACUCUAGUGCGUCUCAUCUCUGAGUCGACAAUGGGCGACUUUGUAAGCCUGGAGCACAUCCUCCAUAAGCUCCUCGAUCUGCGUCACGUAGACGAUGACCUAGUAAAGGAACUCUGGAGGCGUUUUGUCGAUAUUGCUUCUACGAUGACGGACAACGUCCUUGUACCCUAUGAACGGCGACAAGAACUGAAGGCAGUGUUGAUUCUGCUCAAAAUGAUUUCGUUGCCAAGCAGGAAGAAUCUGGAGAGGCACUUGAGCGACCUGGUUAAUUACGGUCUCGGAGCAACGAUCGGUUUCGCAAAUGUUGACUUGGAAUGUGCCAUGUACGCUUGCAUGGUGAUACAACGGAUGAUUCCCACAGAACAGGCCGUCACGACGAUCUUCCAACUCAUCGACACCCCAAGUUUGGUUAUGGCGGAGGUGCUUCGCGAGAUCGGUGAGCAGUUUCUCAAGGCAGCCACUAAAACGCCGCCGCCGCCGCCGUCGUCGUCGCAAUCGCACAAAGAAGCGGAGCCGGAGAAGCGGAACCCCACUGUUGCAGAAGCCGAGGUGGCAGAAGAUGCGUCUGGUGAACCCGCAGAUGCCGACACCACUCCACAGCCUCCAUCUUCUCAGACUGCCGCGCCUGUCAUCCCAUCUUUCAUACUGGCAAGGUUUAUCGCAUUGGCUGGGCACGUGGCCCUAAAAAUGCUCGUUCACCUUGAAUUUUCUGUCCUGAAUGAAAUUAAACGACGCGAAGCCAUCCACGAGGAGAGUAAACAAGCCCGAAGACGAAUUACGAAGACGCCGAAAUCACUGAGAAGGGUUACUACUCUGGAUGCAUCAACUCAAAGUAUUAGUGCAACUGGAGGCCACAAGUCUGAUAUAAGUGGAAACGCUGGUAGUAGCACUUUGGAGGAAGAGGCUGCUCUUCUUGGCGCCGUAGCUGAUGAUGCUGAAGCAGACUACAUUAGGAGUGUUCUCAAUAACGAAAUUGUUCUUCAACCCGACCACCUCUUGGCACGUCUUCUCCCUUUGGUGGUGCAUGCAUCGGCGUCUUUGGCGCUGGUCAAAUUCAUGCUGGUGAGCAGCAACGUCUGCGAGCAGAACCUGCAGCUCCUCUUCACACUGGCCGAGCGCAACCCCUCGGAGGUGGUGCGCGCCAACCUCAUUGUGGGACUGGGCGAUCUGGCACGUCGCUUCCCCAACCUCAUCGAACCCUGGACACCGAAUCUGUACGCUCGUCUGAGGGACCCCUCUUCGAAAGUGCGCAUCAACGCGCUCAACACCCUGAGUCACCUCAUUAUGAACGACAUGGUCAAGGUCAAGGGUCAGAUCAGUGAAAUGACAGUGUGUCUGGUUAACGACAACGAUCGACUGCGGCAGCUGUCACGUCUCUUCUUCCGCGAACUCGCUCAGAAGGGCAACGCGCUCUACAACGUCAUGCCGGACAUCAUCAGCCGCCUCAGCGAUCCGGAAGUGGGUGUCGACGAGACCACGUUCAGAUUGACUGUAGAUUUCCUGAUACCUCUAAUCGAGAAAGAACGCCUUUGCGAAACUUUGGUGGAGAAGAUCUGUUCCCGCUUCCGAGUGACACAAUCGGAGCGGCAAUGGCGUGACCUGGCCUACUGCUUGCGUGUAAUGUCCUUCAACGAACGGAUGGUGCGCACCCUGCAGGAGAAUCUGCCCAUCUUCGCCCAGCAGCUCUCCAUCCACGACGUCUACCAGUCAUUCUCGGAGAUCCUCGUCAAUGCGAAGAAGAAUGCCAAGGCCGACAACUUGCCCCAAUUGGAAGAACUUGAAGCCAAGAUUGAAGAGGCACGCGUGGCGGACGAGGAGGCUCUGCAGCGUGCCGAAGUCAUGGCCAAGAAGGCGGCAGCGAAACGCCGCAAAACCGGUUCCAACAGCCGCAAGUCAACCCGUCGGGGCCGACCGCAGGACGCCGAUGUCGACGACACCCCCGAGAAGCCGACAAAUCCCCGCAAAACGCGAUCUCGCGCCGCGGUGGCCAGAUCGCGUGUGGUCUUCAGUUCAGAUGAAGAUGAGGACUAA